AUGGCAGAGAAUCAACGUCCAGUCAGCGAAACCACUCCCCUUCUGGGUGAUUCAGGGCCAUACUCGGCUUUUACUACAGCCCAGAAACGCCUCAUCAUAUUGGCAGCUGCUCUGGCGUCUAGCUUCUCGCCUUUAUCGGCCAACAUUUACUAUCCGGCUUUGAACUCGAUUGCAGCUGACCUCGGAGUAAGCAGCUCGCAGAUCAACCUGACCAUCACCACGUACAUGCUAUGUCAAGGAAUCGCCCCGACCUUUAUGGGGUCAUUUGCCGACCAAGCCGGCCGUCGUCCUGCUUACAUUCUGUGCUUUGGGAUCUACAUUGUCGGGAAUAUCGCAUUGGCUCUGCAACACAGUUACCCGGCCUUGUUGAUCUUACGUGCCAUGCAGAGCUGUGGCAGCAGCGGCACUGUGGCACUGGCCUCGGCCGUUGCAGCCGACGUGAUCACGUCUGCCGAGCGCGGCACGUACAUGGCCAUCACCUCGCUGGGGAUUAUCCUGGCUCCGUCCGUGGGUCCCCUGCUUGGGGGGAUGCUGAGCCAGUACCUCGGCUGGCAGGCCAUCUUCUGGUUCUUGGCUGUUGCCUCUAGUAUCUUCUUCUUGCCACUGUUGCUCUUCUUUCCGGAGACGUGUCGGAAUAUCGUGGGUGAUGGAUCCAUCGUGCCGCAUGGAUGGAACCGGUCCGUCCUGGUUUGGUACCGACAGCGGCACUCACCUGAGACUCUCACGCCGCCAGUGAAGGAGAGAAUUGCCCUACCUAACCCCCUAGCCACCCUGCGUCUGCUACUCCACCGUCCCACUGGUCUCGUCCUCUUGUCCAAUGGACUGCUCUUCGCCGGCUACUAUGCCGUCACGGCCGGAAUUCCCUCACAGUUCAAGGAAAUCUACCAGAUGAACGACCUCGCCAUCGGCAUGGUGUUUAUUCCAGCUGGCAUUGGCUCACUACUGAGCACGACCUUUAACGGGAUGAUUCUUGACUGGAACUAUCGUCGUUUACAGCAGAAGUUUGGACACCCGGUGCAAAAGACUGGUCAAAACCACGGGUCGUUCCCUAUCGAACAAGCCCGACUCCAGAUCUGUCUCCCGCUAAUAAUCAUCUCCGCCAUAGCCAUCCUCAGCUACGCCCUUCUAAUGAGCCUAGCGACCCAGCCCCCUCUCUGGCAAGCACUGGCCCUCAUCUUCACCAUCAGCUUCGCCAUCACGGCGGCAUACAACAUCAUGAACAUUCUGAUCGUGGACCUGUACUACGCUACACCUGCGACGGCGAUGGCGGCGAAUAACCUGGUCCGGUGCUUUCUGGGGGCAGGGGCCACGGGGGUGGUGCAUCCGGCGAUAGUCCGGUGGGGAAUAGACGAACAUAUGGAUGGGUGAGUGGGGUGGUGGGGAGUUGUUUGUUUAUUGUUGGUGGUGUAUAUGAGGGGAAUGGAAUGGAGGGUGCUGCAGCAGAGGGCGCAGAGAUGUGAAGAUGAUAUCGAGGGAGAGAAUAGGGGGGGCAGAGGUGUGAAGAUGGUGAUAUCGAGGUCCCAGUGGGUAGUCUAG